AGUAGGAAGGAUAAUUGAAAGGUAGAUCAAAGCGAUAUCGACCUAGACGCUCCCGCGGAUUUCCGUCGCCACCACACAAAAAGAUAAUGUUCGAAUCAAGUUCGCCUAUUAAAUGCCAGAUUCCCCAAGAAACCUUUUUUCUGACAACGCCUACAAAUACGAUACAGCAGAGAAAGUGUCCAUUUUGGCAGAAGAAAAAACCUCGAGACUCCUGUUUUAUUGUAAAGGCGAAGGAAAUGAAAACAUUUUUCAAACUGACUGAUGACGAAGUCAUCCGACAAUUCCUAAACAAAGACACUUGCAACAGAGUGGCUGACAAGGUAAUUACCUCCUUGCAAAUGGUUUUUGCGUAUUUCAAGAGGGCAGAUCUGUCACUUUGGGAGUAUACACGCUUCAACUUCUUCAUUGCUUUAUAUCUCGCCAAUGAUGUGGAGGAGGAUGAGGAGGAAAUCAAGUACGAAAUCUUUCCGUGGGCUCUUGGCAAGAUGUGGAAAGAAAAAUAUCCAAGUUUUCUCAAGAAGCGUGACAGACUGCUUCGGCAAAUCGACUAUAAAGCUAUAGUCAGUCGACGUUGCUCAGACGAGAUUAUGGCGAUAGAGCCCGACCACCCACUCUGGAAACGCGAGCGUCCCAUACACCAUGCCGGCGCCUCGCGCAGCUACAUGAGAGACCCAGAAGAUGAUGGGUACCCAAGAGGACCUGACCUUAGCCCACGCUACUGUCAUCACUGCGAUUCAGCAAGGGAUAGCCAGUAUGAUUCUGCCAGUCCAGCAAGCCUCUCUUGGUAUGUAUCUUCAGGCAGUUCUUCGCCGGAGGAAGAAACUUCGCCAAGGAAUAAAGUAUUGGUGUCGAGAGCUCCCUUCUCUGGUUGUUCAUUCGAUAUGAAAGGUUUGCAAAGGACACUUCCAACAAAGGAGGAAGUGAUUCCAAGUACAGAGGAAUGAUGAGCAGAGAAUCUCCAGAUUCAUUAAGGGAUCACAUCAACAGGCUGUAAUGAAUGAUGGUUAAAAUCUGUCUAGGUGUAGAUAAAAAUUUUACUGUGAUAAGAAUGUCCAUUGCCUUUUGCAUCAUGCCUUUGCCACUUGCAGGAUGAACUUUGUGAUGUUAACCGAGAAGAAUCUUGUAGGGUCAAGGAGCAGGUGGAUGGUUGCUUUACACACAAACUUUCAUUGAGAGACUUGAAUAAGACAAAGUUCACUUCAUAACCGUGCUACUGUACAGAUUGCUGACUUACAACAUAAAGAGCCAAGAUCUUGUUGAAAAUGAAAUUUAAAUUAAUUGGUUGAUAAAUACUAGCAUUAAUUCAAUGCAUUUAAUUAUACAUUUUUCUGAACUGAAGUUUCAGCAAUGUUUUGUUUUGUUUUUUACCUUACCUUCAAGUUCAGCAUCCAGUCAGUCAUAGUCAUAACACUCUCUUUAAGCAAGCAUGCAUUUCAAGAUUAUCCCAUUUUUACCAUUGUAUGGAUAUAUUUUCAUUGGCAGGUUGAUAGGUGUGUCACUAAGGUACCAAUUAAUGAAGAGUCAGUGCAGACUAGGACUAUAGGGGAGCAGACCCCUCCCCUCUCUCCCUCCUCGUCACCUCCUUGAAAUGGGCUCAGACCUAUUCAAUAAAAAUUUUUAAAUUUCUCUUUCUUCACUUUGCAUGUAGUACAGUUUCAGAGCAUGUAAAGGGGAACACAUUAACUGAAUAAAAAAAUAUUCAUCAACACAAGGGAUUUUUUAAUUCUCUUUACUAGCUUCAUGAAGUUAGGGCUAAAUAUGGUGUUCAAAUUGUUACACUGGCAAAAUAAGUUUUUCCUAAUGUUGAAAUAACUGUCCUCUGAGUUUGUUUGUUUUAUAUCUAGUCCAGGGUGAUGUUUUCAGUAACCAUUUGCAGUUAUCUUUAGAAUUUAAAUAGCCCUGAAUCGAUUGCAUCUUAAUUCUAAAGACUCGAUUGAAAUUAUUGCCAUGUAGAUAUAGUGUAUAUGAAAGUUAUCUUUAAAAGUUCUUUGCAGUUAAUGUUGACUAAUGUGCAUUGUGGAAAAUAAAGUAAAUAAUAGUCUCUUAA